CCAACCUUUUCUUCACUCAAAUAGUGUAGCAACAUCAAUUUUAUAUAUUCGAUUAUUAUUAAUUUUUUCCUUUCAAAUUAAGUUUACUUAAUUGAGAGGCAGCUCCGAUAAUACUUGGAUGCAUGCAGCAGAUGAGAUGAUGGAGGGGAGAAGAAAAGGCAGCUCUGCUCCCACAAAAUGGAGCUCCAACACCUCCAUGGCUCUUCCUCAGCUUUCCAAUUCUGAGAUGUGGCUUCAAGAUCGUGAUCACGGCGGCCAAGAUUUGCCUGCAGAGUCAUGGUGCCAACUUCUUCUCGGAGGGUUUGUUGGGGAAGAACUAGACCAGAAGAAUAAGCAUGACUGUGGAGCUGAUCAGUCACUGCUAAAUGAGCAGGUGGUGUGUCGUCACCAUCAAGUGCAGGGUGGCCAUGGGUCAUCCUCAUGGACACAAAACAAUGUUCUUCAAGUUUCAUCUCCCAGAUCCUGUGUCACCACCAGUCUCAGCCCCAACAGCAUGCUGGAUUUCGCAGCCAAGCCCGGACACAAACUUGCAGAUCACAACAACUCAUCUGAGUAUGUGAUAAUUAAGGGAAACAGCACAGAAACUGCUCCGGCUUUGAAGAGAACUAGGGUUCAAGGCUCUCCCUCUCCGAAAUUUAGUACACUCAAGGUGAGGAAGGAGAAGCUAGGGGAUAGAAUAACAGCACUGCACCAAUUAGUGUCGCCAUUUGGCAAGACUGACACGGCAUCGGUAUUGCAAGAAGCCAUUGGGUACAUCAGAUUCCUCCAGAGUCAAAUCGAGGCUCUGAGCUCGCCCUACCUGCACCAGCAGAAGCAGGCCGUGAGGCAGCAGCAGCAACGACCACUCUUUAAUAUUCAAAACAGCAGGAGCAAUAGCAAAUCACGACAUGAUCUGGGAAAAGAUGGUGAUGGUGAGGAAGAUGAAAUUAACGAGGACCUGAGGAGUCGAGGGCUGUGUCUUGUCCCUGUGUCCUUCACCAUGCACGUAGGAGGCGACAAUGGUGCAGAUUUCUGGGCUCCUGCUCUUGGUGGAGAACUCUGAUCAUAGAUGGAGGAGGAGGGACUCCAUUAUUAAUUCUAAUUUACAUGAAAAUUAAUUUUAUGAGCAAGUAAUUUGCAUGCGUGCGUGCAUGGAGGCUUGCAGUACGUAGAGGAGUGGAUAGAGCUGGACUGAUGGGGGAGGGCAUAACAUCAUUAGCAGUCAUUCUGAUAGCAAGCUCUGCCCUCAGUGAAUUGAAUAUAAUUAAGGUUAAUUAAUCAUUUAAUUAAUUACAUGAGAUAUAUAUAUACACACAUGCUAUGGCAUUUGGUAAUGCCAUUGAUGUAUAUCAGUUAUGAGAUUGAUCGACACUAAGAAGUUAAUCCCCUUCUCUUGUAAUCGCAACCAUUAUUUUAUAUUGUGAUCUAUCGAUCAACAAUGAGAAGUUAA